CCGCCGCUGCCGCCGCCGCCGCUGUGCGCUCCCCUCCUCGCUGCCAUGUCCUUCACCAGUGACGAGGUGAACCUCCUGAUCUACCGCUAUCUGCAGGAGUCCGGCUUUUCCCACUCGUCGUUCGUCUUCAGCAAUGAGAGCCUCCUCUUCCAGGCGGACAUCCUGACCGAGCCGUCGGCCGAUGACGGCGACGUGCCGCCCGCCUUGAACAUCCCCCCCGGCGCGUUGAUUGCCCUCCUGCAGAAGGGCCUCCAAUAUGUGGAGAUCGAGUGGCAUGUUCGUGAGGACGGCAAGGAGAUCUCCUGCCGCGACAUCCCGUCAUUAAUCACGGCCACGCAGCCGCACCACUGCAGUGCGGCGCCGGUUCGCCGCCGGGGGCGGUCAGCCUCGCGCGCCUUCCACCAUGCGGCAUACUGUGACAUGCCCUCGCCGGGGAUCGCGCGCCUGCAGCAGCGGGUCAAACGCCGGCGAAAGGCCCGGCCCGCGGCCGGCCCCUCCAAAGCCGUCAUGCUCUAUGGGCAUUCGGGUGAGGUUUUCUCGUGUGCUUGGAACCCGGCCAACGCCAAUCUCCUGGCCUCCGGCUCUGGCGACGGCACGGCCCGGAUCUGGCAACUCCCCGCCGAGCCGCUCAGUCCCCCCAAUCUGGCCGCCGCAACGGCCACUCCCGGAACCUCCCUCCUGGAAUCCCUGUCCUCCGUUGUGCUGGACCACUCGGCCCUGAUCCGGACGCCAACCACCUUCCCCAGGCGGGAUGUCCCCUGCGUCGACUGGAGUACGGACGGCAUUAUGCUGGCCACCGGGGCAUACGAUGGCAGUGCGCGGCUUUGGUCCAUCCGGGGCCAGCUCCUGGCCACGCUGCAGCCAUCCGAUCCCACCCGGGCAGCUCCCCUGCUCUCGGUCAGCUGGAGCCCGGCCCUUCGAGCCCUGGCCGGGCCUGAGCCCGAGUCCGAUACUCGCUGCCUGCUGAGCACCUCCCUCUCCGGGCGCAUCGACCUGUGGCUGGUCAAACCAAAUGGCCAGUAUCCCUUCCUGCUGGAGGAGAAGGGAGGCCCUGACGGGCUGACUGUCAAGCAGGACGAAAUCCAACCCUUCACCGCGGCCCCCAUCCACUGGGCCCAGACCUCCCAUCAUGCCGCCCCGGUCCUGGACAUCGCUUGGCGCGAUCACAGCGUCUUCGCCACGUGCGGCAUGGAUGGCUGGGUGGCGGUACACAGCCUGGCCGGGCUGCCGUCCGGGCCCGAAUCCAGCGCCAGCCCCCUCACCCUGCCGCCUCCCCUGCGGAACUUCACUUCACAUACGGACGAGGUCAAUGCGCUCCGCUGGUCGCCCGGCCGCUUCAGUGGCUUCUACGCGCCGGACGUCCUGCACAAUGGGGACAUCGCCCCGGCGCCCGGGUCACCGGAGCACGCUCUCUGCGUUGGAACCGGCGGCCCCGAUGGCGACGAUGGCAUCGACCAGGGCGUCACCCUGUUGGCCACCUGCUCGGAUGACGCCACGAUCAAAAUCUGGGACCCGCGGCUUUCGGCGGCGACCGGCCCGCUGCGCGACUUGCGCGGCCACGCCGGGCCUGUGUGCGCCAUCGCCUGGGCUCCGCCCGGGACCGGGCUGCGCUUCUUGCCGAUGGCCGUCUCCUCGGCGCCAAGCCGGUCCGACACGCGCUCGAGCGUGGCUCCGGCCACGGAGAGCAAGACCGACGCGGCCCCCGGCCCGACACCCGCCCCGGGCCCCGGGCCCCCAACGGGCCUGGAAGCCGACUCCCUGUCGCUGCUGCUGAAGUCCGAGAGCCCUUGGGGCGGCCCGGCGUCCGGUGUCCGGCUCAUGGCGUCGAGCUCCAUCGAUGGGACCGUGCGCGUGUGGGACCUGGCCAGCGGCGAGUGCAUCGCGGUGCUGGACGACUUUGCCGUGGCCGCGGCCGCCGAAGGCGCCGCCCCCGACGCGCAUGUGGUCUAUUCUCUUUCUUUUUCUCCCUGCGGAUCGCUGCUGGCGGCCGGGUCACUGAAUGGCGUCCUGCGGGUGUGGUCCCUCCGGUAUGCGGUGGUGGCCGUGUCGGCCGAUGAGCAGCGCUCCGGCACGGACGCCGCCCCGGCGGAUGAGAGCACCGCGGCUCGGCCGCUGGUGGUCCGGUCGCCGGAGCACCCUGCCGUCCCGCUGUACCUGGCCCCGGAGACCGCUGAUCGGGUGUCGGUCCGGACGCACCUGGUCCGCGAGGUGGCCUCAUGGACCGGGAUCUUCGGACCGGUGUGGGCCGAGACCAUUGUCAGCCCGCCGGCGGACGCGGCCUCGGCCCCUGCCGCCGACAAGCCGGAGCCGGAUCUGGCGGCCGGCCCGGCAAACCCGACGGCCGCCGCUCCGGCCGCCAAUCCCCCGACGGAUGGCGCCCCACCGGGCCUGGCCUCGCCGGUGCCGCCGCAUGCCGCCGACCUCCAGGGCCUGGUGUAUGAUGUGGCCUGGGACUCCAGUGGGAGCCGCAUCGCGGCAGCCCUCUCCUUCGGCGCCAUCGGCCUCGUCGACGUUCGGAUAUAACUCGAUCCCGGGGGCCUGUCACCCUGGACCCGGGCCCGGCCGCUGCUGUGUCCGGGGGCCCUUGCCGCCUGCUUUUUGCCGUGCUUGGCGUUUUGUCCCCUCUCUCUUUCUCUCUCUCCCUCUUGACUCCUCGCCAUCCCCCUCCAUGUGUGCUUUUUUCCUCCCGACCACAUCCCCAUUUUGUCCUUGUUCACGGGCCGCCCUGCGCCAGCUGGGCGGGACACGUCCCAAUAUACAGCGCGUGCACUUGCACAUUGGUCAAGAGGGGGCAGAGGAAGGAGCCUACAAAUCCAGAGGAGCGGGCGGGCGGGCAGGGGGGGAAGGGGGUCAUUCAUUUACCGGGCACCGGCAGACCGGAGGCGCGAGGGGGCCGAAGCCCGAUCACCGACCGCCCGAGCCGGAGUGUUUCCCGGAGCGCCCAGGUGCGGUUUUCAGCGGGAGCAACGGGCUUCCGGCCGAGGAGGGCUUUGCUCGUGGGGCGGCACCUGGUGCCGUCAC